AAAACUAAUACAUAAACCAACACAUUUACAUCUAAAUUUACCUACGUAGGUUGAAUAACAACAUUUAGAGGAAAACAAUAAUAAAAAAUGCAUUAUUUAGUUGUUACAUGAUUAGUCUCCUGUUUUAAAGUUGAUUGUUUGUGAUCUUCAUCCUGCCUGCAAGAUGCCUGGCAACCAAACAGGGGUAAAUUAUGCUCUUGUGGCAAAUGAAAGAAAACAUUGAGACACUCUUCAUACAUUUAGUCUCACAUGAUACUUUUGGUCCAGCACUAAAGGAACUAAGUGUAAUACCACUGUUAUGGGUCUUUCGACACUUGUAAUGCUUUAUGCAACUUUUUAUUUAGAUCCCAUGUGCAUCCUAAAGCAACACUUCCUGCUAUUGUCUGUCAGACCCAAGCAGCUACACAAUCUGUCCCCCUCUCUCUCUCGAACACACACAUGCACGCAGACACACAUCCCCCCUCCCCUUUACCACCCCCGGAGGUUCUGGUGCUGGGGCAGCACUGACAAAAAGUUACAGUGGGGUGAUAGGGCAGAGCAACCGUUGCUCCUCUGAAAAAGAGAUUGAGAUAUAGACCGUGUAAGUAAGAAAACAGAGAGAGAGAGAGAGAGAGGGAGAGGGAGGAAGAGAGGUAGACCGAGAGAGAGAGGGAGAGUAAUGCUCACAUGAGAGGAAGUGCAAGACAGAGAAGUCAGAGCGAGAGCCCGUUGUGUCAAACAGUUGACUGUGACUCUCUCUGUGUCAGAGCGCAGCAGCCGGGGCUCCAGCACUGCAGCACCACUCCCCUGUCAGAGCAGGAUCUAUCCGUCUUCUCCCGGAGCCUCCCAGCCUGUCCGCCUGCUGCCUCUGGGAUUGACUGGACCGCCGUGGGACCGCUCACUGGAUGUCAGCACCCAAAACUGCGGCGCGUGCUGACGACAGGAACCACACCGAGGACAAAAGUGGAGGACUCCACGAUGCGCAGGACAGACCGGAGACCUGCUAUCCGCCCUCUCCUCACCCUGACCCCGUGUCUCUGCUUGUAAACCCCCUGUCAGUCCCGCGGCCGCCGUUUCAACCUGGAAAUGCGUCGCUUCUGAACUUCACCUCCUCCAGUGGAUGUGAUCAUCAGCAGUCAGCUUUCAUUAUCCAUUUGUGGGGAGCAGCCCAUGGACCUGAGGGUGACCCAGAGGUUGUUACAUCCAGGCCCAGAUUCGGCCAUGCUGACCCCCCGCCCUCCCUUCUUCCUGGGACCUCUAACCGCUCAGCACUGCUCCCAGUUUUCCCAGCAGCAUUUGCAGUAUAACAUUGAACAGAGGCAAAGAGAGAUGGAGGAGGAGAAAAGAGAGGAGCUACAGCAUCUGAUACGAAAGAAUAAGAAUGAGCAGAGUGCUGUUUCCAGUCCCCUGGUAAGGCAGAAACUUCGGGAACAUAUAAUUAUGAAGAGCCAACCCACCCAUGACAGGGUUACUCCCAACCACACCAGCCCGACACUGGGAUACAGGCUGUCUCCAAAGCCUGAGCCGACGCCCUGCGACCAGCGUAAGGACCUCCCCCUGCGCAGAACAGUCUCCGAGCCCACUCUGAAGUGGAAGUUAAAGAAGCUCAUCAAUAUGAGGCCAAACCCGCUGCAGAGAAAGAUCAGUGCCCCUCCUGCCGUCAAGCACAGGACAGAAACUCUGGACUCGUCCCCCAGCAGCGGCAGCACCCCAGCUUCAGGAUGCAGCUCACCCAACGACAGCCUCCAUUCGGAUAAUGGUGCCCUUCCACUGUCUCAUGAGGCCCAGAGGUUGCUGCUGAAGGAUGGAAGAUUGGCUCAUUUCACUUUAUCUCCUAACUCUGCUGUCAUGCCAAACAUCACUGCUGGACAUCCUGCACAUGCUAAACUACAAGUAGCCAAGCCCUUGGCAUUGUCUGCUAUGCAUCAAGUCUACUUGCCACUGGAAGGAAACGGUGCAGCCUUGGCCCAACACCUACAGCCUGUUCUCAUACUGGACCCACACACUAGACUGGUGCACACCCAGUUUCUCUCUUUUCAUGGUUUGAGUGCCAUUCCUCUGCAGCAGCACCCUCACCCACCUUCCCCCUCCAGAAGAGAAAGAAGCGAAGGCGAAGUCAACUUGCUGUCGCACCGGCCCGUGGAGCGAACCCGCUCAGAGCCGCCUCCCUACAGCCACUCGCCCUUUACUCUGCAUGCCAGUCAGCACCCACAUGCUCAGCACCAGCUGCUUCAGCAGUACCACAAGAGUGGGCUGGAGAGAUUCAAGCAGAACGCACACCUGAACCUGAGCAAGGCAACGGGCCAGUCUAUGGAGAAGCCACGUCUGACUCAGAUCCCAUCAGAGGACAUGGACCUGGAAGAGACUGGGUCAGGAACAGGUUCGAGACCAGGCUCUGUGUCCUCGGAACAGGAAUCUAUGUGUGAUGACGGCUACCGCAGGAGACAGAGCACCACAAGCACAGACUCUGUUUGUGGCACAGAGUCCACAACCUCAUCACGGGAGAGCCUGAUCGAACCCACACAUCCCCUCAGUCAGCGGCAGGUGAUCCUCAGACAAGGUUCCCAUAUGGACUCCCUGAGUUUGCCUUCCCCAAUAUGGCCUCACCAGCCUCUGGUUCGGACCCGGUCCUCUCCGGCCUCCACCUCCCUGCCUCCUCCAGCCGCCACCAUACCUUCUCUGUCACUAUCCAGCCCUGCUGCAGACGUCCAGCUACGUUUCACCACAGGUCUAGUUUAUGACUCUCAGAUGCAGAAGCACCAGUGUACCUGUGGGGACAACAGCCGCCACCCUGAGCAUGCUGGAAGGGUCCAGAGCAUCUGGUCCAGACUGCAUGAAAGAGGCCUCAGGAACCAGUGUGAGUCUAUUCGCAGUAGGAAGGCCACUCUUGAAGAGCUGCAGUCAGUCCAUUCAGAGAAACAUGUACUUCUGUUCGGAACCAACCCUCUCAACCGCCUCAAGCUGGACAGCCGCAAACUGGCUGGAAUUCUAUCUCAACGGAUAUUUGUGAUGUUACCAUGUGGAGGAGUUGGAGUAGAUGUUGAUACAGUCUGGAACGAGCUUCACACAUCAGCAGCUUCUCGCAUUGCUGCAGGAUGUGUCACAGACCUGGCACUCAAAGUAGCACAGGGAGAGCUGAAGAAUGGCUUUGCAGUGGUGAGGCCUCCUGGGCACCACGCAACAAAGUCCUCUCCUCAGGGCUUCUGUUUCUUCAACUCUGUGGCCAUUGCUGCCAAACAGCUCCAACACAAACUCAACGUCAGCAAGAUCCUCAUCGUGGACUGGGACGUUCACCAUGGCAACGGCACCCAGGAGGCUUUCUAUAGCGACCCCAGCGUGCUGUACAUCUCUCUACAUCGCUACGACGAUGGCAACUUCUUUCCUGGUAGUGGACAUCCCAGUGAGGUGGGUGAAGGUCCAGGUGAAGGCUUCAAUGUGAAUGUAGGAUGGACAGGAGGACUGAACCCUCCCAUGGGAGAUGCUGAGUACCUGGCUGCAUUCAGAGCUGUGGUGAUGCCCAUCGCCCACGAGUUUUCCCCUGAUGUGGUGCUGGUGUCGUCUGGGUUCGACGCUGUGGAGGGACACUCGCCGUCACUGGGAGGAUACAAGGUCACAGCCAAGUGUUUUGGCUUCCUCACCCGUCAGCUCAUGUCAUUGGCCGGGGGUCGGGUGGUGCUGGCUCUGGAGGGGGGACAUGACCUCAAAGCCAUCUGUGACGCCUCUGAAGCCUGCGUCAGCGCCUUGUUGGGCAUGGAGGUGGAGCCACUGUCCCAGUCAGUGUUGGACCAGAAGCCCUGUGAAAACGCCAUCCAAUCACUGCAGAGAGUCAUCCAGGUUCAGGGUGAGUACUGGCACAGUCUGAAGGACUCGGCCACCACAGUGGGUCUGUCCUACCUGCAGGCCCAGAGACGACGGCUGAGGCGAGACUCGGACAGCGAGGCCGUCAGCGCCAUCGCCUCGCUGUCGAUGGGAGCCCUCAUGUCUGACAGGAAUCAGUCAGAAAACUGACCUGGAGGGGGGGAUCUCUCUGAAGAAACAGUCUCUUGACAGCUGCCUUCAACCAUGUCUGAAUGGACACACACACACACACACACACACACAAACACACACACACACACACACACACACACACACACACACACACACGCACACACAGUUAUGCAUUUGGACCAUCAGUGGAACCAGAUGUCCUCCUCAGUUCAACCACUAUAUUCUUCGCCUCACAAAAACUCCUCCACCUGCAGGACGUCUGGCUCCAGUCUGACAACUCUGGAUCAAACACACACACUGAGCAACAACUGACCUGGACACCUGGACAACGUUCAUAUUCUCGUGACGCCUCCGCCGGCUCUUCCCGAGGCAGACGUCACACACUGAACUUAGAGUAAACUGAAAACGAAGACACCCAGAGGCAGAUUAAUGAAGGAAGUUCAGUCUUGUAGCUUUUGGAGCCAGCAACACGGAACACUCAGCUCUGUGACUAAAAACAUUCCCCUCAUUAACGAUUCCCUGAAGACCUGCGAGUGACCACUCAAAACUCUUGUAACCUUGAAGCCGGGGUCAAAGGUCACCUCGGCUUACCGAAUCACCCUGAGCGGAAAGAGUGGUCCCCGCAUGACGUGCCUGUGAAGGAGAGCAGACGCGUCCCUCUGCACUUACAAUGCGUCCCACUAUGAUGAUGUCACGUGUCUGCAUCUGACAAAGAUCCAAUGAAGGAAAAGAUCUUCUCUGAUCGUUUUGCACUGUACCGCUGUGUAAUGUGAACUGGACAAGGUGGAGGAGACGGACGAUGACAAUCAAGUGUCUCCCGUGCUCAUAUUUUAAAUAUUCAUUCAUUUGACCUAUGCCACAUAUCUCUGUGAAUGUCAGUAAUCCAGAGUGAAGCUACAGUCUGAGACACAUAUGUUUCAUAUUGUUUUGUAUGUCCACAUAUUUUCUUUAAUCUUUUUUUUUUCUCUCUUUCUUUUCCUCUCUAAGUCCGUCAGGCGAGCAUAUGCAGCCAAACUCCAGGUGGCUGCAGUCUUUGUUAUUAUCACUCGCGGACACAUAGAAGAAGACACGUCAGAGGUGCAUCUUAAAUGUACGGACAUACUGUAGUGUGUAUCGGGGGCAUUAGUCACAAUGAAGAGCUAAGGCCUAUCGCCACUGGAGUGUCAGUAAUUUAUCGCUCUAACACAGACGCAGUCGCACGACAGCGGAGACAGAGACCACUCAGAAAUGAUUACACAUGUGACGACGCAGAUCACAUAGGAUCACACGGUCGAUGAGAUACACAAUCAAAGCCACAUGGACUUCACAUCAAUCUCACACACACAAAGUGCACUUAUCUUACCCUCAGGAUGGGAGGGUCAGAACAACUUUUGUCUUAACCUCUGAACUUUGAUGACGUGUGUUACAUUACGUGUGUUACGUUACGUGUGCUACGUUACAUGGACCAGUGUUCUACCUGUGGAUGAGCAUUCCUACUGUAUUUUGUAGAAUUCAUUUACGCUUUUAUUUCAAUUUUUUUUUUACAUUUUUUAGCUGAACUUUGUUUUCUAGCAGCGCCGCUCUGUUUAUUGUCAGCGUCAGGGUUGUUUUUUAUCCCCGGACCAAACAAGGACACUGCAGCAGUUAGGACAGAGCAGUAAUACUGAGAUAGCUGAAUAUCCACACUGUGCAAUUGGACACAGGUUAAGCGCAACCAAAGUUUAUGAGAACAAUGUGCCGUCCCUGGACUGGCACAGCUUAAAGAACUUCAAAGUCUUUGAAGAGUUUGUGAAUGUUUCUUUUUCUAUCCAAACAGUUGAACAGCACCGAAAGCACAGGACGGACGUAUAAACAAAUGUUCCCAAAAGCAAAAACCGACACGCCUUCUAUUUAUACAUUCAGAUUCUGCCUUUGAAGUGCUCUUUGCAUGUCUAACACAAUUGUGACGGUGCUAUAGGUUAUUUUGCUAAUACCGUAUGUUUGCUCUUUCUCUUUUCUUUCCCCAUGUUGCGCUGUGACCGCAGCUCAGAACCUCUCAGAUCUUCGUUCAUCUGAUGUGAAAAUGACGCUUUACAAAGCUUUACGAGAACAUUCACGAUAAGGACCUAACGUAGCUCAUGUCUUCUCUUUUGUCUUAAAUUACUUAUUUUUGUAUUUGAUCUUAAAAAUGACCCCCAGCCGCACCAGGAGACCAAAUUAUCAGCCCGUGUGCCUCGAGGAACCACGCUGACCAGUCCGUGAGGAGGUCGCUUCAGCAAACUGGAUCUUAAUUCAAAGUGCACGUCGAGUCCAGUUCGAUCAGAGCUGACUGUCUGAUUUUCUGUACAGUGUAUAUAAUGACUUUAUUUUGGUUUCUAUGUCUGACUUUUGUCUUUUCUACUAUUUUUGUUUCCAAAAAAGUCCUUAAUAAAGGUAAAUUAUAUAGA